AUGCCGCUAUCCGACGAGCACUGGCGGCGGUUCGGCCCGCUAGCGGCGGGCGCGCUGUUCGGUGCGGCGUGGUGGAUAUGGGUGGACGCCGUCGUGUGCAAUUCCUCCACCGUGCCCUUCCUGCACUACGUCCCAGGUACCGCCUCCCCUGCCGCACUGCGUCCCAGGAACCGCACCCCCCUGCCGCGCUACGUCCCAGGAACCGCACCCCCCUGCCGCGCUACGUCCCAGGUACCGCCUCCCCCUGCCGCGCUACGUCCCAGGUACUGCCUCCCCCUGCUGCGCAACGUGACUGCAUCCAAUUCCACAUUCCCUUUUCCCACCAGCCCGUCUUUUCCCCGUUCCUCUUUUGGUCCCCCGCCCUCCGCAACCAUGGGGUUCGUUACAGGCAUAUUCGCUACAGUGGCGGUGAUGUUCGCCGCCGUGCACCGCGACGAGCUUGGAGACGCCUCAAAAGUUUCCUCCCUUUACCCCUAUCGCCUCGUUACAGGCAUAUUCGCUACAGUGGCGGCGAUGAUGUUUAACGCUGUGCACCGCGACGAGCUGCAUGACUACUCGCCCUACGACGACGGCGCCGGCUGCAGGUCCCCUCCUACCCCGCCCUGCCCUGGUCCCCUCGCCUCCUGCGCUCCUCCUCACCCUGCCGCCCACUCCGCUGCCCUCUCUGCACCAUGCUCUCUCUCCCACUCUUCCCCUCCUCUCCUUGUGCUUUCAUUUCCCGGCCCUGCACCGCUCACCCACGCUCCUUCCUCCUCCCCCCCUUCUCAAGCGACUCUGGCCCCAAUCUGGCAUCACACCACAAGUGCAAAUCGUUCUCCCCCGUCCCCCUCCCCCACCGCCCUCCCCCUCCGCUUCCCCCGCCCGAGCAGGUCGCGCACGUGGCUGUUCCUGGCGUACGUCAUCGCCUUUGCAUCGCUGGCGGGGGCGGCGGGGAUGCUCAUAAAGGACGCGUCGCCGCCCAGCACGUCCUCGUGGCCCGGCGCUGCCGGCGUCUUCCAGUGCGCCUUCAUCAUCGCCAGGUGUGCGCCUUCAUCAUCGCCAGGUGUGCGCCUUCAUCAUCGCCAGGUGUGCGCCUUCAUCAUCGCCAGGUGUGCGCCUUCAUCAUCGCCAGGUGUGCGCCUUCAUCAUCGCCAGGUGCGCCUUCAUCAUCGCCAGGUGCGCCUUCAUCAUCGCCAGGUGCGCCUUCAUCAUCGCCAGGUGUGCGCCUUCAUCAUCGCCAGGUGUGCGCCUUCAUCAUCGCCAGGUGUGCGCCUUCAUCAUCGCCAGGUGUGCGCCUUCAUCAUCGCCAGGUGUGCGCCUUCAUCAUCGCCAGGUGUGCGCCUUCAUCAUCGCCAGGUGUGCGCCUUCAUCAUCGCCAGGUGUGCGCCUUCAUCAUCGCCAGGUGUGCGCCUUCAUCAUCGCCAGGUGUGCGCCUUCAUCAUCGCCAGGUGCGCCUUCAUCAUCGCCAGGUGUGCGCCUUCAUCAUCGCCAGGUGUGCGCCUUCAUCAUCGCCAGGUGUGCGCCUUCAUCAUCGCCAGGUGUGCGCCUUCAUCAUCGCCAGGUGUGCGCCUUCAUCAUCGCCAGGUGUGCGCCUUCAUCAUCGCCAGGUGUGCGCCUUCAUCAUCGCCAGGUGUGCGCCUUCAUCAUCGCCAGGUGCGCCUUCAUCAUCGCCAGGUGUGCGCCUUCAUCAUCGCCAGGUGCGCCUUCAUCAUCGCCAGGUGUGCGCCUUCAUCAUCGCCAGGUGCGCCUUCAUCAUCGCCAGGUGCGCCUUCAUCAUCGCCAGGUGCGUGUGUGCUGCCAGGUGCGUGUGUGCUGCCAGGUGCGUGUGUGCUGCCAGGUGCGUGUGUGCUGCCAGGUGCAUGCGUGCUGCCAGCUCUCCCCUCCUGUCCUGUCGCCCUCUCUCUCGCCCCUCCAUUCCCGUCGCGCUCUCUCUCUCCGCGCCCUUCUCGUCGCCCCCUCUCUCGCCCCUCUCAUCUCGUCGCGCUCUCUCUAUCCGCGCCCUUCCCGUCGCCUCCCUUCCCAUCGCGCUCUCUCUCUCCCCUCCCUUCCCGUCGCCCUCUCUCUCGCCCCUCCCUUCCCAUCGCGCUCUCUCUCUCCGCGCCCUUCUCGUCGCCCUCUCUCUCGCCCCUCUCAUCUCGUCGCGCUCUCUCUAUCCGCGCCCUUCCCGUCGCCUCCCUUCCCACCGCCCUCUCUCUCUCCCCUCCCUUCCCGUCGCCCUCUCUCUCCCCCCUCCCUUCCCAUCGCGCUCUCUCUCUCCGCUCCCUUCCCGUCGCCCUCUCUCUCGCCCCUCCCUUCCCGUCGUGCUCUCUCUCUCCGCGCCCUUCCCGUCGCCCUCUCUCCCGUCGCCUUCUCUCCCAUCGCCCUCGCUCUCUUCUUCGCUCUGUCCCGGCGUUAUAUAUAUGCUUGCCUUCCGGCGAAGUGCUCUUUCGCCUCUCGCGCGAUCGUUACGGUUCCUGUCACUGUCGGCACCACGAAACGCUCUCGAGUAGUCGCCAUCGCGCUCCUCUCUACCCGCGCCAUCGCCCCUCCCUUCCCUUCCCCACGAUAUUGCCAUCAGCCUUUCCUUUCGAUCAGCGUACCUUUAUUCCAUCCCGUCUCGUCGCCCUCAAGAACUCCCCUACCUUCGCGUCUUCUUGUUGUUCUCCCAUCCCCUUUCUUCGCCCUCGGUGUCUCUGCUCCCCUCCCGUCUUUCUUCCUCUCUCCGCUCCCCUAACGUCGCUCUUCCCAUCUCCGCUUCCAUUCCCGUCCUUGUUCCUCUCGCCCUUGAUCUUUCCCGUCGUUAUUCCUCACUACCGUCCCCUCCCCUCCUCUUGUUAA